CUCCUGUUUAUCUGUCAUCUCGCUAGGCAACGCCAUCCGCGAAUAUUCCUCCGAUAACGACGACGACGACGACGCUCGCGCUUGCGACGGCGUGAGCUUUUUCCCCUUAAAAACAAUAAAAACGUUCUAGGAGCCUACACAAAUAAAUAAAUUAAACUCAAUUGCAUGCAUCCGAUUGUUUGUGAAUAUUAAGGUGCUUUAAUAAUAUACAAUUAGAUUUUAUAAACGCAAAACCAUUACUGUCCAUCUUUAACUCUGUGAGCGGUGACAUGAUAAUGUGCUGAGACAAUUAUUAACGUUAAAAUAUUCUACCUACACCAUCAGUGCGUUUAAUAAACAUUUUUAGUGUGAGAUUAGGGGGCACGUCACCCCAAAGCCGGCUUCACAAUAUUCGGGGACAACCAUAAAAUAACGGGAGGGAGUGGAAGGGGCAUGUUCUGUUACCAUUGCCCGCCGACGUUACAUCCAGGUGCCACUCCGCAACCAAGAAUACCACAACUGGACUACCCUUUCGCGCCAACCCAUCCAUAUACUAGUUACUCCUACCAUCCGGCAAUUCACGAUGACACCUUCGUUAGGAGAAAACAAAGAAGGAAUAGGACAACGUUUACACUACAACAGUUGGAGGAAUUGGAAAACGCAUUUGCUCAAACCCAUUACCCGGACGUAUUUACCAGAGAAGACUUAGCGAUGAAAAUUAAUUUAACGGAAGCGCGUGUACAGGUGACGCCCCACCCCGCCAAAUACGUUUAUUUGCACAAUAACGAAAUUUAA